UUAGACUAUAAACUGUGUUACCUUCAUCACAAUGCUGAAAUGUUGUCGUUUUGUUUGCCUAAAAUGUCUCUUUUAAUAGCUGCAGGUUGCAGACCCCUGCUCCAGCUGAAGGUGGUUUAUUAAUUAGCUUAUUAAUAGCACUUUAUCAGGAUAUCUGGACCAAAUCACAGCUACUAACUGGAGUUUCCUCAGCCAUAAUGAAACAGUUUAUUAUGGCUGUCUGUCUUUAAGCAUCACUGACUCUACUCUUAAACUUUAAGCAUCACUGGUCCCCCCACCUGGCAGCAGCAUCACCACCACCUCCACCGUGUUGUUGUUGAUCCGGAUCCGGAUCCGCCCAGCCAGCCAGCCAGCCAGCCAGGCGGCGUCACAAGCACCGACAAGAUGGCCGAGAGUACGGGUCGAAAGUGAGGGGAGGAAACACAAACACUGGCUGAGCUGAUCCUCUCCUGCGGAGCCUGCGGAGCCGCCAGACCCGGAGAGACGAGCUCAUAGCCCGGAGAUCAGAGCCGCGGUGGUCCGUUGUCCUGGGCGACAUCUCGUUGCUAUGCAGACUGACCGCUUGUCAGUUUGUCAGUUAGUCUGCGUUGGCUAGCUAAGCUAAGCUAAGCUAAGCUAGGCUAAGCUAACGAGCUAACCAUGCUAGCUAGCUGACGUUAGCGAGAGAAUACGCGUCCAGAAAGUGACAUUUUAAUUAAAUAAAUAAACGUAUUCGUGUCUGAGGAGUGACAUUUGUUGGCGUCACUUUCCCGCCGUAAGAGUGGGGACAUUUUGAUUUAACGGUUCAGCUAACUAACGGAUUUCUUAGCUUGCAGAGUUAGCCCAACGGCUGUUAGCAUUUAGCCCAACGGCUGUUAGUUAGUUAGCUUGCUCAGCUGUUUUGGUACCCCGGACUGUAAACAGUGAAGUGAAGGAGCCAGAGGAGGAGCAGGACCAGUCAGCAUCACCAUGGCUCAUUCUCCUGUCCAGGGUCACCUGCCGGGGAUGCAGAACACCAAAGCCGACCCGGAGGAGCUGUUCACCAAGCUGGAGCGCAUUGGCAAGGGCUCGUUCGGCGAGGUGUUCAAAGGCAUCGACAAUCGCACCCAGAAAGUGGUGGCCAUCAAGACCAUCGACCUGGAGGAGGCGGAGGACGAGAUCGAAGACAUCCAGCAGGAGAUCACGGUGCUGAGCCAGUGCGACAGCCCCUUUGUCACCAAGUAUUACGGCUCGUACCUGAAGGACACAAAGCUAUGGAUCAUUAUGGAGUAUUUAGGUGGAGGCUCAGCGUUAGAUUUGAUGGAGCCGGGAGCUCUGGACGAGACCCAGAUCGCCACGAUCCUCAGAGAGAUCCUCAAGGGCCUGGAGUACCUGCACUCUGAGAAGAAGAUCCACCGGGACAUCAAAGCCGCCAACGUGCUGCUGUCCGAGCAAGGCGAGGUGAAGCUGGCAGAUUUCGGCGUGGCGGGGCAGCUCACCGACACCCAGAUCAAACGCAACACCUUCGUUGGCACGCCCUUCUGGAUGGCCCCCGAGGUCAUCAAACAGUCGGCUUAUGACUCCAAGGCUGAUAUCUGGUCUCUGGGCAUCACCGCCAUCGAGCUGACAAAAGGCGAGCCGCCCCACUCGGAGCUCCACCCCAUGAAGGUUCUAUUCCUCAUCCCAAAGAACAACCCGCCCACGCUGGAGGGCAACUACAGCAAACCGCUCAAGGAGUUUAUCGAGGCCUGUCUCAACAAAGAGCCCAGUUUUAGGCCGACCGCCAAAGAGCUGCUGAAGCAUAAGCUGAUCGUCCGCCACGCGAAAAAGACGUCCUACCUGACGGAGCUGGUGGACAAGUACAAGAGGUGGAAGGCGGAGCAGUCCAGAACUACGGAGUCCAGUUCGGAUGAGUCUGACUCAGAGCAGGACGGCCAGGCGUCGGGCGGGAACGACUUUGGCAGCGACGACUGGAUCUUCACCAUCCGAGAGAAGGACCCCAAGAAGCUGCAGAACGGGGAGGGACAGUCGGGGGCGACAGACCAGACAAAAGACAUUCCAAAGAGGCCUUAUUCACAGAGCCUGUCCACAGUCAUCACUCCUGCACUAGCUGAGCUGAAGGCGAGACAGGAGCAGGUGAACGGGAACCCCAUGGUCCUGGAUGAGCUGAGGGAGGCCAUUAUGAUGGCGGAGGAGUCCUACCCCGGCAUCUCCGAUUCCCUGGUGGCCCACAUGGUCCACCGGCUCCAGAGUUUCUCCACAAGCAGGACGUCCUCCUCCUCCCCCUAGAUCUUGGCUCUCAGCCCCAGCCCUGCUCUCCCAGGCCCCCCAGCCCCGCAACACCACAGCCAGGUCAGAGGGUUACAAGUCAGGGGUGGAAGUCUUUUAAUACCAGCUGACUACAUUUGACCUCCCUGUGGGAGGGGCGGGGGCUAACAUAAGCCUGUAAAAAUUACUGAACUCCAAAGCGGAGAGGAACUCUGGAGAGCUUCUUUUAGCCACUUAGGAGAGGAGAAGCUCAGGGGGGCAGCGGGACACGUGGAACCGGCUGUGACGGGACAAAGUCGGAGCAACAUGUCAGACUCUGGGCUCUGUAUAUGUGGGACUUCUCACCGCGGAAGUCUACAUGGAAUUUGCUCCAACGAGGAGGCGAAAAUCUCCCCCCCGAAAUCCAAGACUUCAACCCCCUCUUAAAUGCAGGCGUCAUAUCCCCAGAACCUCUGAAAGCAUGCUUGAUGAACCUGCAGGGAUAUCAUCUUAGUGUGCAAGCUGCGUGCUUAAACGCACAUGUGUGUGUGUGUGUGCACCUGCGAGCGUGUGUGCGUGUGCUCUCGCGUAUGUAAGACUCCCUGUUAAGGCAAAUUGCAGCAUUCUUAAUGAAACCUCAGGUAAAGUGCUUUAAGUGGACUUCGAGGCAGCGGGAGGAAGAGAGGGGGGCGGGGGGGGGCGUCGCCAUGCUGUACAUGAUUGCGGGAAAAUGAAUCACUGUGUACAAAAUGGUCAUGCGCAUUUUGUAGAUAUUGGUGAUGUUUAAAAAGUAGAUAUUUAAAAACAGAACAGAAAAUGCCUUGCCUUUUUGAGAUCCACGCGUCUACGUUCUGGCAUUUCAUCGCAGAUUUCUUUUACCCGUCGUUGAGUGAAAUUCAGUUCAUCAGUGUUUUUCUUCGACUGAGUUCCAAUCGUCCAUUUCAAUCACCUGCUGAAUCAUCGAACUAACUAUGAUACUACUUUGUUUAGAGCUUUGUUUUUGUAGUCGGUGGGGUGGGGUGGGGGGGGGGGAACGCCUACCUGUACUUAUGUUUAGACAAUUACAGUUUGAAAUUGUUUAGGACAAGAUCUGUGUUGGCAGAAUAACAGUAUUGAGUGGAGCCGAGGACAAUUACGAGGGGGAACCACUACGGGCGUUGGAAUGCUGAUAUCAUGUGAAGUAUUAUUUUUUUCCGUGUAAUUUAUCUUUCGCAUUGCUUAAAAAGUGGAGGCGAGGAAUUACUGGCAAGGUAGGCGAUCGCGUCACGACACACAGCCAAACUAAAGCGUAGACAAAAAGAACGUAUAUUGCCAAUAAGUGAUCGUUCCAUUGCAACAUCAGCGCCCAGCGGCAAAGCUGCGCUUCCGCCGUUUUGGACUGAAAGCGACUACUGGACGCCAGUAAAAACGUCCGCCUGCAAAGUGGCGUACAAAAAGUAAAUGUAAAUUAUUUCUAUUCUGUUGUCGUAUUCUGCCAAAAAUGGCCUGUGUUGAACAAUAAUAUAUAUAGACGGGUCUCUGUGCAAAUUGCUGUAACGUUACGUGACUACAGCACUCACAUUCACACCUACAGGCAAUUUAGAGUCAACAAUUAACCUAACCUGCAUGUCUUUGGACUGUUGGGGAAAACCGGAGCACCCGGAGUAAACCCACGCUAACACAGGGAGAACAUGCAAACUCCACACAGCCAAACCCAUUUCAUAACUGGUGAUAAUACCAAACAGAUCUCACACUAAUACGUCGUAUGAUAAUGAUGUCUGGUGGUCAGUCUACGUUUAUUACAACGGUGGUUUUGCCCUCUGAAUGCACCCAGUAAUGUUUGUAUACAAGAAAUCCAUCUAUUAUAAAUUUAAUAAGCGUUUUCAGUCCAAAAUGGCGGCUGUUGUUUUAAAAAAACACACCGGAGUUUGGUCUCUUUGCUUCUAUACUCUUCGGCGUAGAUCAGGACCAGCCAAGCUGCAGACAUCAACGCCAUUCCUCACUCCGGACGUUUCUGUUCUUCACUUCCACGCCACGCUAGAAGUGCCAUGUCCUCUUUUUACGCUCUCACCAGAUGUUUGUACGUAGUAUGAUUUGCACCUUUUUUUUUUGUUUUUUUUUAUUUCCAGAUCAGUUUUUUGCACUUUGAAAGUGUGUCGAGUAUUUAAAGAAGCCUGUAAGAGGAUAAAAAAAAAAAAACACAAAAUGAAAAAAGUUGCUAAUAGCCAUGUUUUACUAUAUAUGUUUACUUAAGAGUUCCAGAAUUUACUACUGUGCUAAUGCAGCAAUAAUGUUGAGGAGUUGCAUCAAGACGCACUUGUCAACACAGGGAUUGAAAGAAAUUAAGAAAUAUCUGAUAUUUUUAUAACUGCAAAGAUGGAAAUAUGGAAUGCUUUAUGGAUAUGGGCACCUUGCCUACCGGCAAAAAAAUAUCUAUACCUUACAGAAAAACAUAUGCUACGGAAAUAACUACAAAAUGUGUACAUUUGGUCUCCUUUAUCAUAGCUGACAGUUUAUAGUACUGUAUAUAAUCUUUGCUUGUGUCAUUUGAGAAUUCCCAAGUUAAAUGUAAGCUCCUUGUAAGCUUUCAAAGUGACAUGAGAAAUAAAGAUCUAAUGCUAACUGAGGA